AUGCUGUCCAAAAGUCUCGCCGUUGCUGCGGCCGUGUCGGCACUGAUGCCGUUGGCAUCCGCCUUUGACGCUCAGUCCAAGUCCAAUGUGGCCAUCUACUAUGUAUGGACAAUCUGCUGGCCCUCUUUGUUACCAGUUCUAUUGGAUCUGGCGCUGACAUUUAUCCAGGGUCAAGGGUACGAUCAGCCGCGCCUCAGUCGCUUCUGCGACGAUCCAGCCCUGGACAUCAUUAACAUUGGCUUCAUCAAUGUAUUCCCUGAUGAGGGAGAUGCGGGCUGGCCAGGGAGUAACUUUGGGAACCAAUGUAAUGGAGAGUACUACGAGAUUGGUGGGGUCAAGACACAGCUGCUCUCGGGCUGUCACCAGUUGAUCGAAGACAUUCCCAUCUGCCAGCAGGCCGGCAAAAAGGUUCUGCUGUCCCUUGGAGGCUCGUCUCCGGCUGACAAGCAGAGGGUUCGCUCCGACGAGUCAGCCAUCCAAUUUGCCGACUUUCUCUGGGCUGCAUUCGGUCCGCAGACGGAUGCGUGGGUGGAAAUCGGCGGUCCCCGUCCGUUUGGCGACGUCGUGGUUGAUGGCUUUGACUUUGAUAUUGAGCACAACGGCGACUUUGGCUACGACACCAUGGUGAGGCGUUUGCGCGAGCACUACGCUGCAGUCACUGACCGGUCCUUCUACAUCUCCGGGGGCCCUCAAUGUAUCAUUCCGGACGCGCAACUGGGUCGCGCCAUUUCCAACUCCUGGUUUGACUUUAUCUGGGUCCAGUUCUACAACACCUGGGGCUGUUCGGCUCGUGACUUCUUCUCCCCCAGUAGCCCGGGAGCUUCGUUCAACUACGAUGCCUGGGUUGAGGUCAUCAAGGACGGGGCGAACCCGUCUGCGAAGCUGUACAUGGGUCUGCUAGGGGGUGACAUCUCGCAGAAUGGCUUCUAUCUUUCUCCUAACGAGGUGCAACUGCUAGUUUCCAGGUACAUGGACCUCUACCCGGACACUUUUGGUGGUGUCAUGAUCUGGGAGGCAACCUCUUCGGAGCUCAAUCAGGUCAAUGGGUCCAGCUUUGCCGGUAAUGUCAAAGCCAUUCUCGAUGGACGUGCCUCCACACCUGCACCCUUGCCCUCGUCCAGCGCCCCGGUCCCCUCCCCUACUCCCUCGAAGACGUCCACCAGCUCCAGGCCCGUGAUUCCCACGGUGACCUCCACCUCCCGAGGACGUCCGACGGGUACCCCGUCGAGCUCGAGGGCGAUUCCUUCUAGCACCGCCUCGCCAUCGAGCUCGGAGACUCCGACUGCAUCUAGCCAUUCUGUCUCGUUUCUGCACCCGACCGCUGAAUCGUCAACACCGUCUACCACACUAGUGGCUAUAACUUCCGCGCCGACCACAGUGACCACCGUCAUUGUCACUUCGUACACCACCAUCUGUCCCACGGGAUUUAUCACGAUCACUACGACCUAUACGACGACCUACUGCCCGGGAACCGCCACAGCCACAGCGACCAGCGACCCUCUCUCGGUGACCGGGUCGACACCCUCUGUGCCCGAAGGCUGGACCACGACGGUUACAGUUUGCACGCAGUGCGCAGCCACGCCCACCACGGUGACGCUGACCGUGCCCGUCCAAACCACGACGAACCCUCCUGCACACCUGGUAUCCCAAGCCUCCACGGCUCCCGCGCUCCCAGAGGGAUGGACCACGACGGUAACCGUGUGCACCGAAUGCGCCCCGACGCCCACCGCGCUGACCAUCACGGUACCCGUGGCGGCCGUCAACAAGGCCACCAGCGGACAUGAGGCCCCCUCCAGCUCGACAGAGACCUACACGCUGAUUCCGAUCCAUGUCCAUCCGACGUCAAGCCGUCCCCUGAUCCCGGGCGCCGGGGCCGGGAGUGCCCCACACUCGUCGACGCUGGCAGUCCGGCCGUCGCCAAGUGGCUCUGCCCGCGCAUCUCAUGCUUGGGUGACGGUCAUCCCGAGCGGGACUCAGGAGGAGACGCCGGUGUUUACCGGUGCGGGUGUGCGGAGCGUGAGCUUGAGCGAAGGGGUGGCUGCGCUGGUGGUAGUGGGACUGACGGUUUUUGCCGUGUUGUAA